AUGUCGUCACCAGUCUUCAGCAACGUCGAAACGUACAAGCCAGCCACAUUCCGUGAGGAGUCUGGCUAUGCUUCAGCCGAGUCGAGCCAGGAUGGCCUGCAAGAGAUCUUCUUCACUAGACCUCAUUUGAAGUUCAUCAAUGCUCAGCUGGCUAAGCUCGAGCCUCAGGACAUCCUGCGAUGGUGCAUUACAUCUCUUCCUGGGCUUUUCCAGACUACUGCUUUUGGUCUCACUGGCUUGGUCACUGUGGACAUGCUCUCAAAGCUCGAUGGACCCCUGAAGCACAACAUUGAUCUGAUUUUCUUGGAUACUCUUUACCAUUUCGAUGAAACAUACGCUCUGGUUGACCGUGUACGAAGGCGAUAUGGAACGCCGGUCCAUGUCUACAAGCCUGCUGGUUGUGACAACGUAAACGACUUCACUGCAAAGCACGGAGAUAAACUGUGGGAGACCAACGAUGAACUCUACGACUAUGUCGCCAAGGUCGAGCCCGCAGAGCGUGCCUACUCUGAGCUUCAAGUCAAGGCUGUCUUGACUGGUCGUCGCCGCAGCCAGGGUGGAAAGCGUGGCGACCUGGACAUUGUCGAGGUUGACGAGGCUGGACUUAUCAAGAUCAACCCCUUGGCCAACUGGACGUUUGCUCAAGUCAAGGAAUACGUCGAUGCAAACGACGUACCUUACAACGAACUUCUCAACAAGGGUUACAAGAGUGUUGGUGACUGGCACUCAACACAACCUGUUGCUGCUGGAGAGGACGAGCGAUCAGGAAGGUGGAAGGGCAAGAACAAGUCUGAGUGCGGUAUCCACAACCCCAAAUCACGAUAUGCUCAGUUUCUUCAAGAGCAGGAGAUGAAGCGACAGAACGAGGAUCUUGCCAACAAGCUGCAACAGGUCUCGUUGGCAGUUUAA